GUAGAAUAAAAAUGCGCAUAUAGAAAAUAAUUCUGUAUUAAAGUGAAUAAAAAAUAGUUUUUCAGAGAGUGCCACUGAAUCAUUUGAUAUUCAUUAGAAAGCAUGACAGUUUCCUAAGUUCAUCAUGUAUUAAGAGUCCGAUUGCUAAAACUGAAAUUUUAAUCGUGUGAUUCAAAACCGAAGUACUUCUAUCAGUGCGUAUAUCCGCCAUCUUUGUGAUUGAAUUUUAGAAACUGAAAACUAAAUUGGGACGAUUGAAGUUGAAUCACUCACAAUUUAAGCACCGAAUAACUUGAUCACAAACAUAUAAUGGCUCUCAAAAGAAUCAACAAGGAAUUACAAGAUCUUGGGAGGGACCCCCCAGCACAAUGCUCAGCAGGUCCAGUAGGAGAUGACUUGUUCCACUGGCAGGCAACUAUAAUGGGACCACAAGACAGUCCAUACUCAGGAGGGGUGUUUUUUCUCACUAUACACUUUCCCACAGACUACCCAUUUAAACCCCCAAAAGUUGCUUUUACUACAAAAAUAUAUCACCCCAAUAUAAACAGCAACGGCAGUAUUUGUCUGGACAUCCUUAGAUCACAGUGGUCACCAGCACUAACUAUAUCUAAAGUCCUUCUCUCAAUCUGCUCCCUACUAUGUGAUCCAAAUCCAGAUGAUCCACUCGUUCCAGACAUCGCUCGUAUUUUUAAAUCAGACCGUUCAAAAUAUAAUAAAUACGCCAAAGAAUGGACCACCAAGUUUGCGACAUGAUGGACUGUAUAGUAAGAUGUAGGAGCCAACGAGGACUUGUAUGUAACAUAUUGACUUUUGUAUAAGGCAGUCGGAUGUAAUUUGGAGGGAAUAUGGUAUCAUCAACACUGGAACAUUAACAGGAAGUUCAAUGAUUGUCAUAUUUUACAGCCUAAUAUGCCAAUAUUAAAUCACAUUUCUCAUACACUGCCUGAAAUUUCCCUCAACUUAAAUAAAAAUUCAGUCUUACUUUAAAAAACAAUUUUUUACAUAAAUUAUCCAAUUUAUAUGUGUAUUGUGAUUUAAUAUUGUACACUCAAAAGUUAUAUUUAGUUUUUCACUCUGCAGUAUUGUAAACUAUUCCUGGUGUCAUUUGAUUAAAACCUAAUGUUGCAGUUAGUACCAGGGUUGCAUUAUAAAUACUGAUACAAGUGCCCUCAUUUUCUUGUUUGUGAGGGAAUCAAGAUGGAAAUUUAGAAUUUAUUCAGGACAAUAUUAAAGUCAGCAAAUUAAAUAUAUAUGAAUGAGAGUACCCAGAGUAGGUUUUUAAGUUUUUUUCUUAUAAGUUGCUAAAGAUAGAGUUUUUUAGUCCAAAAUUAUUUCUUAUCAUAUCAGAGGUAUCAGAUCAUUAACAUCUACCUACUCUCCUAUUUUAAAUCAUUUUCUUGCACCUUUUGGUCCCCUACUUGAACUAAAAGUGUC